GUGUACUGGCUCUGAGUUUCUGAACACAUCACGAAUCAUCAAAAGAGUGACUGGAAAGUCUUUCAACGGAACUAAUUCCAGGCGAUUGAUAGUCGGUGACCUUUUGGUGGUUGAACAUGCUUAUAUUUAGCAGCCGUUAGAUAAAAGUAAUUACAGUUCAUUAAGGUCCAUAGUUGAGUUAUUGAUUUGCUUAUAGUCAGAAAUCAAUUUCAACAGAUAUAUAUACACACACGCAUACAUAAUGCAUCCACCUCAUAGUCAUCGGAUAAUAUUCCAAGGUUUAUUGGUUAUCAGUGGUGCAGGCUUGGCAUCUUAUUGGCUUGUCUCGAGUAUAUAUGGGAUGAUAAUGCGUAGACGGUAUAACCAACGUCGUAUAAAGAAAAAAGCUGAAAUCCUUCAAGCUAAGAGUGAUUUUCAUGAAUAUCUGCAGAAUAAUCCUCUUUCCAAUGAAGAAAUUGAACAGAUUCUUAGCAUACCCUACUGUGAAUUAAUUCAGUGUUUACAAAAGCGUGAAUUAACUCCACAGAAAGUACUAUUAGCCUAUCAACAUAAAGCAUUUGAAGUGGAUGAAAAAUGUAAUUGUGUUGUUGAAUUUCUAUAUCCUAAUUUCGAUGAAAUCAACCUGAAUGGUCCGUUGGCCGGAGCACCAGUUAGUAUAAAAGAAAACUUUACGAUUAAGGGUAGUGAAAGCCAUGCAGGGAUGGUGAAAUUCUUGAAUGGACCGUCAAGGGAUGAUUCUUCAAUCAUACAAGUCAUUAAAUCGCUUGGAGGUGUGCCUUUUGCACGCACAAAUGUGCCACAAUCAAUGUUCAGCGUCCUGUCGUCGAAUCCAAUCAAUGGAACAACUCUUAACCCACUCGCUCUAGAUCGUAGUCCAGGUGGAAGUAGUUCAGGUGAGGCUGCUUUAAUCGCUGGUGGUGGUUCUCGUCUUGGAUUCGGUACAGAUCUUGGUGGAAGUGUGCGAUUCCCCGCAGCUAUGUGUGGAAUUGUUGGUUUCAAACCUACACCGAAACGCGUCAGCCAGAUGGGUAUGUCAUCACAUGGACGAUUUAUUACUGUUGACAGUUCUAUAGGUUUCCUCGGACGUGAUGUACAAACGUGUAUAUUAGCAGCCCAGUCUAUUUGGAAUUCCAGCUUACAUAAUGAACUGGACUAUUUCUGUCCACCGCUAAAGUUUAACUCAGAAGUUUUCCAGUCAAAGCGCUUACGCAUUGGCUAUUUUAUUCACGAUGGUUCAUUCACUCCGGUUCCUGCCGCACAACGUGCUGUGCUAUAUGUGAAGAGUAAGCUUGAAUCACUUGGGCAUACGCUCAUACCUUGGGAGAUCCCAUAUUCAGGCAGGGAAUGGCUUUGUCUCUUCCUCACCUGCAUGACUGCUGAUGGUGGCUUACCUUUAGCGAAUAAUUUAAAAUAUGAUAUUAUUGAACCGAGUUUGAAAAGAUCACUCAGUGUAUUUCAUACCUCUUGGCUAAAAAGAUCACUUAUGUCAGCAUAUUGUAAUACUAUUGGAAACCCUGAGGACACUUAUUUCAUAAAUGCUUGUUCAACAGUCUACAAUAUACCAACAUUAACCGAUCACUUGGAAAAGUUAAAAGAAUUUAGACAAAGAAUUUAUUCCUCCUGGUAUAAUGCUAAACUAGAUGCAGUUAUCUGUCCUGCAUUUGGAAUGGCCGCUCCAGUACCAAUAAACACAAAAUCCAGUUUCACAGGAAUGCUAUCCUAUUUAAACUUAUUCAACUUGGUUUCUAUGCCUGCUGGUUGUAUGCCAUCUGGCAUUCAAGUUAGUGAUGAUGAUUUAGAGCCGCUUAGAAUGUCCAAGUUGAACAAAAAAACAACACCAAGCUUCUCACCUUAUCCAUCAGAUACAACAUGGCAUCGUACAGUUGUCGACCUUCAAAUUGAUUCAUUUGGAUUCCCAGUCAGCGUCCAGGUGGCAUCAGCUCCAUGGCGUGAUGAAAUGUGCCUACAUGUAAUGUCGGAAAUUGAAAGAUCAAUGAAUGCAUAAACAACAGAAUGAAAUGUUUCAUUUUGAUGUACUAGUAACUUUUUUCUACUAAAUGUAAUAAUGUUCAUUUUAUAGCUUGAAUGUGUUAUUUUCCGACCAAUAGAUUGCUACAUUUUAUCUCUAAAAAA